UACAAAAACCCGUCUCCCCGACCCAUUGCUUGACCUGCUUGAAACCUUGCAAUCCGCCAUCGCCUUGCCGUCCCGCCGCCGUCCUGCUGCCACAAUCUCCGUCGUAAGUCGUAGAAAAACCGCGAGAAGUGAAGCACAGAACCUGCCUUCCUUUUCUUUGCUACUAUUCAUUACAAAUUACGAUGAUUAGAUAGAUACACAACGGAACAAAAUGGAAUACAAAAAGUCUGGUUUUGGGUUCUGAUAAUUGAGCUAUACAAUUGCACAUGCUCACGUGUAUGCAUACAUAUUAGUGUUGAAAGACUGAAAAAUGGAGGCUUUAAUGCAAUGUUAUGGGGAUGGAUCUUCUGAUUCAGAUUCUGAAUCUUCUCCUUCCAAUCCAACCUUAGCUUAUGCAGAAAGACGUGAGCCCUUGCCACACCGGGCAACAAACAUUCGUGAACCACUUCACAAAGCAUGCGUCCAGCCCUUGCCGCCACCUCCUAUUGCGCUCCUUCAUCCUCCAAAUUUUCUUGGGCCUCAAGAUAUUCAGAUAAGCCAGACAACUAAAGUUAGGAGCUUCCCUCAUGUUGAUGGUAACUAUGCCUUACAUGUAUACAUACCAAUUAAUAUUUCAUCUUCAUCGAAAAAAGAAGUAGCCGCUUUCUUGAAGAAAAUCUCAUCUCUGCAUCCAAGUCUUUGUGCUGUUGAUGUUGAUGUCCCACUUAACGUCCUCUGUAAAAAUGACGAGAAGCUUGAACAAGUUUUACUAGGAAGGGAGUUUCACAUAAGUUUGGGAAGAACUGUUCCAAUACGAGUACAUCAGAUUGACUCAGUGGUCACAAUGCUAAAACAGAAGCUUCAGACACAAUCCCUCUACUGGAUCGACUUUGACAAAUGGGAGGUUUUUGUUAAUGAUGAUCGCACACGCACCUUCCUCUCAGUUGAGGUUGUUCACGGUGGGCUUGUAGAGAUAAGGAAGCAAAUUGAAGCAGUCAAUGCAAUUUACAAACUUCAUAAUCUUCCUGAAUUUUACGAGGAUCCACGUCCUCACAUUUCGUUAGCAUGGUCAUUGGGCGACACCGCCGAUUCCCUUAAGAAAGUUGUGGAUGACGAAAUCAUGAAAUGUGUUACUGGGAAAUCAUUGAAGAAGUGUAUUUUUACCUGUAAAUUCAAAGGUAUCGAAUGUAAGAUUGGUCAGAAAACAUUCAAAAUAUGUAAAAUUUCAGAUAGAUGAUAAUGUGCAUUGUAUAUUAGAGUAACGGAUCUGCCAAAAUAUUUAUGGUUGCAUCCUAUUCUAUUCUAUGUAGACUGAUGAUGAAUAAUUUACUGUUGUGUAAUGUAUAACUUGCUUCUUUGUCCUU